AUGAGUUGCAGUGGUUUGGAAGGUUGUGGCAGGCUUGUUUCAUCAAAAACAAAUAUCAGUGAAUGUUUUGGAAGCCCGCAAACUAACAUGGAUGAACCCAAAUUCUGCAAAUUCUUACGUCAUCGUCGUCCUUGGAAAGAAAAAGCACAGGACGAGCAUCAGGCGCAAUAUGGAAGAACCGUAUUACAGAGAGGUCUGUUAGAUAAACUUGAAAUUAUGCUUAGUACCCAAAGUGUGGGGGACUACCGGAAUGGCUUCACCGGCGUGAUACCACGGCCUUACAGGAAACCGGCGUGGAAUGACCAUCGUGUUGUGUUUCGCCAUAUGAGUGGGGCUCCCGGAGGCAUAAUCCUUGCUCACCCCCUUUCCUCCCCAACACCCCUUAUCCCCAAUAUGCAGUACUUCAUGUUCGAGUUAUACGUAAGCAUCAGAGACAUACAGCGGUCGAGUAUCUGGCUGGCUGUGAUGGAACCUCGGUGUUGUGCCCCUCCACGACUCAUGGGGGAAGCCACCAUCGACCUCGGCGCUGUGUGGUCACAACCACACGGAUUACCUGAUGGUAAGCAAUUAUCGCCGCCCAUGGAGACACCCGCAACAGAGGAGUUACGAGUGCGUUGCCCACCUUUGAGGGAUAAGGGAUUUGGGAGAUUAAGGGAUUGGGAGUAA